UUAAGUAACCCAAAACUCAAUGAUGAUUCUAAGGCUGGCUCUCGUGGCCGUCAUCUCCUCCUCCGUGGCUGCACAAUCAGCCUCAACGACGUCUCUUAUAACCUAUAUAUUUGGCGACUCAUUAACCGAAGUUGGUAACAACAAUUAUUUGCAAUAUUCGCUGGCGAGAUCAGACUUUCCGUGGUAUGGAAUUGAUUUCUCCGGCGGCCAAGCUACCGGAAGAUUCACCAACGGUCGGACAAUCGGGGAUAUCAUAUCUACGAAGCUUGGGAUCCCAUCACCACCACCAUAUCUAUCGUUAUCACGAAACGAUGACGCAUUUCUGAACGGUAUCAAUUACGCAUCCGGUGGAGCUGGUAUCCUCAACGAAACUGGCGUCUAUUUUAUCCAACGGUUGACGUUUGAUGAUCAAAUUAAUUGUUUCAAGAAAACUAAAGAGGUUAUUAGGGCGAAAAUUGGAGAUAGAGCUGCCAACAAGCAUGUUAAUGAUGCCAUGUACUUCAUUGGCUUGGGAAGCAACGAUUACGUAAACAAUUUCUUGCAGCCGUUUAUGGCAGAUGGGCAGCAAUAUACACAUGAUGAAUUUGUCGAACUAUUGACCUCAACCCUAGACAAUCAACUCACGACAAUAUACAAACUAGGAGCGAGGAAGGUUAUAUUUCAUGGGCUAGGUCCAUUAGGCUGCAUCCCAUCACAGAGAGUAAAAUCGAAGACAGGUAUGUGCCUCAAGCGUGUCAACGAAUGGGUAAUGGAAUUUAAUACAAAAACAACGAAGCUUCUAGAAGAUCUCAACAAACGCCUUCCCGGAGCUAAAUUUGCGUUUGCCGACACUUAUCCAGCCGUUCUCGAUCUCAUUGACAACCCCACGCGCUACGGAUUUAAGGUAGCGAACACGUCGUGUUGCAACGUGGACACGAGUGUUGGAGGGCUUUGUCUUCCCAAUUCAAAGAUGUGCAAAAACCGUAAAGACUUUGUUUUCUGGGACGCGUUCCAUCCGUCCGAUUCAGCUAAUCAAAUCUUAGCCGAUCAACUUUUCUCUUCUCUUCUUUCUUCUUCUUCUCAUUCUCCUGCUCCUGCCCCUAAAAACAAUUAUUAGUAUAGUUUUUGUUGGAGAAGAAAAGGACUAAACAAAUGUAUUGUUAUAUACUCCUCGAACGAGAUGCAUGUGUAAUUAUUUCAAUAUAUGUUUCUGAUGUAACCAUCGGGAGAAGUAUGUGUGCCUUGUUACGUAAGCAUUAUUUAUGUUGAGAUAAUUAUGGUUU